UGUUCCAACCGCUAUCAAACACUCUCAGGCAAAGGUCACAUGAUAUCAGAAAAUAAUCUUAUCAAAAUGGGAUUUAUGGCCACAGUCAGGACUUAUUAAUGGGCAAACUUUCCACUGAGAGCUGCUCAGAGUUCAUCACUGCGGCCAGAGGAUGUUUAAGUCAUUGCUGCUGUUCCUGGCGCUGUCAGGCCUCCAGGCUCUGCCUGUCCCAAGACAGGCCUCUUCAACCUACCAGCUCCCAGAUGGCUCAGUACGGGACAUUGGACACGUUCGUGAAUCUGUUUCUGAUGGCUUCCGGCAAGGUACGGAGCCCUCCAGAAGAUUCCUUGUUGACCUGAACACUGGUCUGGUGAAGGAGCACAUCAGCGAGAUGGACAGGAAAGUGGUUUCUGAUGAUGUUCCAGCCCAGAGGAAGGGUGAAGGAUGGGUUCGCAUAGAGAAACCUCCAAAUCAUCAUCUUCCAGAAGGUUUUAGACAGGGAACUGAACCCAAAAUGUCCAUCCCAGUAGGAUUCAGACAGGGAACUGAACCAAAGGCAUCCAUCCCAGUAGGAUUCAGACAGGGAACUGAACCCAAAAUGUCCAUCCCAGUAGGAUUCAGACAGGGAACUGAACCAAAGGCAUCCAUCCCGGUAGGAUUCAGACAGGGAACUGAACCAAAGGCAUCCAUCCCAGCUGGUUUCAGACAAGGAACGGAACCAAAGCCAUCCAUCCCAGUUGGUUUCAGACAGGGAACUGAACCAAAGGCAUCCAUCCGAGUAGGAUUCAGACAGGGAACUGAAACAAAAAUUCCCCUUUCAGUUGAUUUCCGACAGGGAACUGAACCUAAAAUGUCAAUUCCAGUUAAUUUCAGACAGGGAACAGAAUCAACAUUUUCUGUCCCACUUGGUUUCAGACAGGGAACUGAACCAAAAAUGUCCAUCCCAGAGAGUUUCAGACAGGGAACAGAACCAAAGUUGUCCAUCCCGGUUGGUUUCAGACAAGGAACUGAACCAAAAAUGUCCAUCCCAGAGGGUUUCAGACAGGGAACUGAACCAAAAAUGUCCAUCCCAGUAGGAUUCAGACAGGGAACUGAACCAAAGGCAUCCAUCCCAGCUGGUUUCAGACAGGGAACGGAACCAAAGCCAUCCAUCCCAGUUGGUUUCAGACAGGGAACUGAACCAAAGGCAUCCAUCCGAGUAGGAUUCAGACAGGGAACUGAAACAAAAAUUCCCCUUUCAGUUGAUUUCCGACAGGGAACUGAACCUAAAAUGUCAAUUCCAGUUAAUUUCAGACAGGGAACAGAAUCAACAUUUUCUGUCCCACUUGGUUUCAGACAGGGAACUGAACCAAAAAUGUCCAUCCCAGAGAGUUUCAGACAGGGAACAGAACCAAAGUUGUCCAUCCCGGUUGGUUUCAGACAAGGAACUGAACCAAAAAUGUCCAUCCCAGAAGGUUUCAGACAGGGAACUGAACCAUCUAAUGCCAAAGUCCAAACACAGCCAGUGGCCUGUAAAGGGGAGAUCAUCAAUACAAAAUGCUAUGAGUUCAAUCCCAUGCUGCUGGCCUUCAAAGAUGCCCAGGAUUUGUGUAGAAACCUUGCCCCAAAUGCUGAGCUUGCAUCAGUAACAAGUGGCGACCUGCAUUCCCAUCUGGUUUCUCUGGUGACCAAAGGUGGCCAGAAUAACCCUGUGUUGACCUGGUUGGGAGCCACAAUCAGGAACCAGCAGGCCUCGUGGGUUGACGGGUCAGAGUGGAGUUACACUGACUGGAUGCCGGGCCAUCCCAACGUUCGUGCCGACAAACCGGUCUGCGUUGAGAUGUUUAAGAUCGAUGAGAGCUGGUGGACUGCUGCCGACUGCGAGCUAAAGCGAGCGUCCAUCUGCUCGUAUCCCGUCGCUGCGUGAAAACCAGAGACACCGGACAUGAACUGCACCCCCAGGAAAACAUCUUUAUGAUCAUUUUUGCUUAAUCCAAAUAAACCACAGCAUCGUA